AUGAAGACCCUGCGUGACACAGUCAUGGUGAAGUCUCUGCUGCUGCUGAUGUUGAGGCUUGCCCUCCCCAAAGUUUUGAAUAUUGCCCCCCCAAAACCUGAAAAUUGCCCUUCUCUGGACAAGAACAGUGUGAUGAUUGAUGUUCAUAUUCUCAAUCAAAAUCUGGGUAGCCCGGGCUUACGUAACAUUCAUAACCGCUCCAGCUCCCCCUGGGAUUACAACAUCACCUGGGACUCCAACCGGUUCCCCUCGGAGAUUGUACAGGCCCGGUGCAGGUACUCAGGCUGCAUCAAUGCCCAGGGGCAGGAAGACAACUCCAUGAACUCCAUCGCCAUCCAGCAAGAGGUCCUGGUCCUCCGGCGGGAUACCCAGAGUGUUCCCCAUGGCUGCACUCCUGCCUUCCGGCUGGAGAAGAUGCUGGUGACUGUUGGCUGCACCUGUGUCACUCCCAUCGUGGUCCAACAUGUGGGCUAA